AUGGCCGUCGCUUGUAGGGACGAUGCAAAACAUGCUUUCCAGACGGAGCCGUCGAGCGAUGUUGAUGUCGCACACGGCGCACUUGAAGACCUGCACAAUGAUGGCUUCGACACUGCGUCUGACAAAUCACUGCUUCGGAAGAUUGACUGGCGCUUGAUGCCUUUGAUGUAAGCAGGAAUAUCCUGAAUUUGCUAUUCGACAUGCUUCUGACGCAACCCAGCUGCAUCACGUAUAUUCUCCAGUCGAUCGACAAGACUACAUUGGGGUAUGCUGCCGUCUUCGGUCUCAAAGACGAUACCCAUCUCGUUGGCUCGCAAUACUCUUGGCUUGGAGCUCUGUUCUAUCUAGGUUAUCUCGCUUUCGAGUAUCCUACAGGCAUUCUACUCCAGAAGUUACCCAUCGCGAGGUUCAUGUCUGGCACGGUGGGUAGACGUGGCAUCUUGCUUUGUGAAGAUACCGCUGAUCAAUUUUCAGGUCAUCCUUUGGGGAGUAGUGCUCAUGUGCCAUGCUGCUGCGACUGACUUCGCGGGUCUGGCCGCGGCGCGUACAUUUCUUGGUGUCUUCGAAGCAUCGAUCAAUCCUGGAACGAUGCUUAUCUUUAGCAUGUGGUACCGACGGAUCGAGCAGCCGCUACGACUAGGCAUCUGGGUGGGUAGUGCCGGUAUUGGCUAUGUUAGUCACGUCUCCUAUGCGCCAGGAGAAGCUCUUGCUGAUUCGGAUACAGGUCACUGCUGGCAUUGCUUCCUUCGGCAUAGACCACAUUGGCGGCUCGCUCGUCAGCUGGAGGUACAUCUUUAUUAUCUGGGGAGCCAUCACAGGCGCCUGGGGAUUUGUGAUUCUGUUUCUGCUUCCAGACAACCCCCUAAAGGCUGGAUUCCUUUCGGAUAGGGAACGAAAGCUGGUUGUUGACCGCAUCAAGGAGAACGAAACGGGGCUUGAGGACAAGCGUUGGAAAAGGGAACAGGCACGUACCCGAUGUGACGAGGGCUCCUGUUUUGCGCUAACUCCCAACAGUUUGCGGAAGCCCUGCUGGAUCCCAAGACAUGGUUGCUCUUCGUCUUUGCGGUUACAUCUAACGCACCAAAUGGUGGUCUCACCAACGUACGUGGAACGAGUUCUCCGGAAGACGUACAAGCAGAUUUCUCACCGUGUCACAGUUUCAAAGCCUGAUCAUCAAGGGCAUGGGUUUCUCGACGCUGCAAACCACGCUCAUCCAAAUGCCUUCCGGUGCCGUCCAAUUCAUCGUCUGCACGGGAGCGACUUAUUUCGCCUCAACCUUCCCGAAUUCAAGGCUGGCCAUCAUGCUGAUAUGUCUUGUGCCAUUCCUCGCUGGUACGAUCGGAACCUGGUACGAUGGUCCCUCGCUCUGCCCAUACUUCGACUCUAAUAAAUUACUAGGCUUGUUCCGCAAUCCGUACCGUACGGUCGACUCGUUUGUCUCUGGAUUUCCUUUUCUUACACCGCCACCUGGACACUCUCCAUGUCCGUCGCAACGGCAAACACCGCCGGCCACACCAAGAAAGUCACGACGAAUGCUACGCUCCUUGUUGGUAAGGACAGUACAAGCUUGAGCACUUUGAUUGUCUGCUGAUGGUCCCAGGCUACUGUCUUGGCAACUUCAUCGGUCCAUUCUUCUUCCUUACCUCGCAAGCUCCGAGAUAUGAGCUCGGUGUGGGUAUGAUGUUUUUCUGCAUCGGCAUCCAAGUGUUGAGCAUCUGUGGUAUAUGGGCCCUUCUCUGGAUCAGGAAUCGGAAGAGACGACAUGCUCAGGUGGAUAGCACUGCUGGAUAUCAGUUGGGUCUGGAGGAUGUGACGGAUAGGAAGAAUCCACACUUUGAGGUUUUUCAUUCCAUCUCCCGGCCCUUGAUGCAUCUCGCUAACAAUGAUCCCGUAGUAUGUGUACUAG